AUGAAGAUUGCAGUGGAAGGAUGCUGUCAUGGUGAACUCGAUAAGAUCUACGAGACUAUCCAGUUCCUGGAGAAGAAAGAGAACACUAAAGUUGAUCUCCUGCUCUGCUGUGGUGACUUUCAGGCAGUGAGGAAUGAGGGGGACAUGAAAUGCAUGGCUGUGCCCCAAAAGUACCGUCAGAUGCAGACAUUUUACAAAUAUUACUCUGGAGAGAAGAAGGCUCCAAUACUUACAAUCUUCAUUGGGGGAAAUCAUGAGGCAUCCAAUCAUCUCCAAGAGUUGCCUUAUGGAGGCUGGGUUGCACCAAAUAUUUACUACUUGGGAUAUGCCGGGGUAGUGAAGUAUCAAGGUGUAAGAAUUGGAGGAAUUUCUGGGAUCUUCAAACACCAUGACUAUAGAAAAGGUCAUUUUGAACACCCUCCAUAUACCAAAGAUUCAAUUAGAAGUGCUUACCAUGUGCGGAACAUAGAAGUCUUUAAACUCAAACAGAUAAAAGAGCCCAUGGACAUCUUCUUGUCUCAUGACUGGCCCCGUAGUAUCUAUCACUAUGGUAACAAGAAUCAGCUACUGAAGAAAAAAGACUUUUUCAGGCAAGAGGUAGAAAAUAACACUCUGGGCAGCCCAGCAGCUGCUGAACUUCUCCACCAUCUUCAGCCAUCAUACUGGUUUUCAGCUCACUUGCAUGUUAAGUUUGCUGCUUUUAUGCAGCACCAGAACAAAGAAGGAGAAUUGCCCAAAGCAACCAAAUUCUUGGCACUAGAUAAGUGCUUGCCACGUCGGGAAUUUCUCCAGAUUGUUGAAGUGAAGCAUGAUCCCAGCAAAUCUAACUGCUUAGAGUAUGACCUUGAAUGGCUUUGUGUCCUGAAAGCUACUAAAGACCUUCUCAAUGUAACUUCAAAUACAUGGAACAUGCCUGAGAACAAUGGACUGCACAGCAGGUGGGAUUACAGUACUACUGAACAAAUGAAGCAAAAAGUCUUGACAGAUUUAGGCCAUGACCUUGCUAUCCCAUGCAACUUCAGUGCCAGCCUUCCUUGUUAUGACCCAAACAAUCCUCAGCACAAGAGAGUGGCUUCUCACAUUAUUAAUCCUCAGACCACAGAGUUCUGUGCCCAUUUCGGACUUCUUGACAUCAAUGCUAAAGUCGGACAACUAGAUGAUGAGGGUGGAGAGUUUGAUGCUGCAGAAGAUAAUGACGCAGAAAGCAAUGGAUCCCUAGAAGAUCCUAGUGAAUACAGCACUGACACUUCUAUCCUGUCUUCUUCAAUUAAUCCUGAUGAGAUCACUCUGGAAGACGAUGAUGAAGAAGAUGAGGAAGGCAUCUCUGUGCGUUCUUUGGAGCCCUCUCCAGAAUAUUCCCCAAGCUUCUCUAAUUUCCGUGUUUUGCCAGAUUCUAUGGCUGUUUCUUCAGAUGAUGCCAUGGAUUCAACCAACGAUGAACAGGAACGUUCAGAGAGCAGUCACACUGACGGUGAAGGAAAAAACCCAGAAAGGCAACUUAAGAGACUGAGUGACGAACAUGGACAAGGUAAUGUGAGGAUUAAAAGAAGGAACCAGGCCCUCUACACAGCUCAGGACGAAGUAGAGUAG